GGCUUAAAAAACGCUACAUCUGCAAGACUGUGCUAGGAAAGUAAAUCUCAUUUCGGGAAUUAAAAUCUUGCAUAAUAAUUUUGUGUUGGCCCGGACACUCAUAUUUUAAUGGAAUGUCACAUAUAGCGUAUUUUGACGGAUUCCUGUUUGGAGCAUGCAUCAGGUCAAGAAAGCAACAGGACACAAGCAACGUUGUUGCUAGUUAUGUAUUAAUCAUACCUAAUCAUAUCUUCGACACACUUCCAAAUUAGAGCAAACAAUAGAGUCAAAUUAAAGAGAAAUUAGACAAGUAAUCUAAUGUAAUUAAAUUAAUAAUCUAGAUUAUCCCCAUAAGUAAAUUCAAACAUUAAGCAGUUUUGUCUGACUUUUGACCCCAAAAAAAAAAAAAAAAAGCAGUUUUGUUUGAAUUUUUUGUACUCGUUUGUUACAACUUACAUGUUAUAAUUGUUGGUUGCAGGUUUUCUUCUCCUUUUUCUUUAACGGAUAACUCUGGCUCUGCUUCAAAAUUUGAGUUUUAAUGGAGUUCUCAAGUAUCCAUAUUAGCAUGUGGUUUAUAUUCGUGCAACUCUUUCUCUUUAGCUCCAACUCCACCUCCUCGUCCGGUCUACCAGGAAAUGAGGUGGAUAGGCUGUCGUUGCUUGCCUUUAAAGCUGAAAUCGUGAACGAUACACGAGGCAUCCUUAGCUCCUGGAAUGAAUCCCUCGACUUCUGCGAGUGGCGAGGCAUUACUUGCGGGCGAAGGCACCGUAGAGUCACGGUAAUGGACCUCCGAUCAUCCGCGCUGGAAGGUCAGCUGUCCCCCAACAUUGGAAACUUGAGCUUCCUCAGGACACUGCGCCUUGAAAACAAUAGCUUCGGCCACACCAUUCCUUCAGAAAUUGGUCGUUUGUUCCGCCUGCAACGAAUACGCCUUCACAACAACUCCUUCAACGGCGCUAUUCCAUCCAACAUAUCACGUUGCUCCAACCUCCAAUACCUUCUCUUAUAUGGAAACAAUCUUAGUGGCAAACUUCCGACUGAAAUUGCCUCAUUGUCCAAGCUUCGGGUACUUGAUUUAGGAAGUAUAAACCAACUUCGCGGAACCCUUCCUCCUAGCUUGGGCCACACUAUAUUUCCAAACAUCAAAAAGUUUUAUUGCCAUAUGAACCAAUUCAGUGGACCGACACCAGUUUCAGUCGCCAAUGCCUCAAACCUUAUGCGAUUUGUGAUCUUAGACAACAAGUUUACAGGCAAGGUGCCUAGACUGGCAGGCAUACCACUGAAGUCAACAUCAGGAUCAUCAUUGGGGGUUUCACUUUUGAAAUUGUCCUACGGAGAUCUCCUUAAAGCAACUGAUGGGUUCUCCUCAGCCAAUUUGAUUGGUGCUGGUAGUUUUAGAUCCGUAUAUAAGGGAAUACUCGAUCAGCAUGAAGGAAGAGUUGUUGCAGUGAAAGUACUCAAUCUUCAAACUUCAAGAGCCUCCAAAAGUUUCAUUGCUGAAUGUGAAGCUCUGAGAACCGUUAGGCACCGAAAUCUUGUCAAGCUACUGACUGCCUGUUCAAGCAUUGAUUUUCAAGGGAAUGACUUCAAAGCUUUGGUUUAUGAUUUCAUGGUGAACGGAAGCCUCGAAGAAUGGCUGCAUAAUUCAGCUCAACAGGGCGACAAUCCAACCAAUCUGCAGAAAAAUUUGGAUCUUAUUCAGAGAGUAAACAUUGCAAUCAACAUAGCAAGUGCUCUGGAUUAUUUGCACAACGGCUCUGACAUGCCAAUAGUUCAUUGCGAUUUAAAGCCGAGCAACAUUCUCUUGGAUGGUGACAUGACUGGAUGUGUUGGUGAUUUUGGUUUGGCAAGGUUCCUCCCAGAUGCUUCUCGUCCAUUUUCUGCACAAGAAAGCUCUUCCAAUGCAAUAAAAGGCACCAUAGGCUACACUGCCCCAGAGUACGGCAGUGGAACUGCAGUGUCAACAUAUGGUGACGUGUAUAGCUUCGGAAUCCUGUUACUGGAGAUGUUAACAGGCAAGAGGCCGACUGAUGACAUGUUUAAAGAUGGUCUGGACCUGCACAACUUUGUCUUGACGGCUCUGCCCGAACGUGUGAAAGAAAUAUGCGAUCCCCGGCUCCUUCACACAGAAGAAAGUGGAAUUACCACUGCCACGGACAACAGGGGCUAUCUGGGCCAAGAUGAUCAAAGGCAAAGAGCUGACGAGUGCUUGAUUUCCCUUGCAAGAAUUGGAGUUGCUUGUUCUGCAGCAAUGCCGCGAGAGCGAAUGGACGCGAGCAAUGUUGUAGCUGAAUUAUGUCGAACAAAGGAUGUACUCGUUGGAACCAGAAUGCCGAGAGAGCGUCCAUGACCGCGCGG